CUUGUAGCCACCUCCUCAUCGAACAUCGCCUCAGAUAGCUGUGCGUCACUGAUUGAACUUCACUUGAACAAAGUCCUGACUGCCUGCCUGCGUACUGCGUCAAGUCCCACUCAAAAGCAGUACGAUCAGCAAUGACGACGUGGGCCUCUCCCGCGAGAUAGCGGGCGAUGGGCGUCCGAUACAUGACAAGCGACUUCCCGCUGUCGGCCGCUCAGUGCCGCCACCGCCGCCGACCAUGUCAGCAAAGCAGGCUCACGACAACCCGGCGCUGGAGGAGGGCUCCAGCGCUGGCCUCUCCGGCGAGCGCCGCGACCCGCAGCCGGACUUCGUGAUCGGCGGCGCCGACAGCGACUCGUCCCUCGACUGUUUCUCCGCGCUGAUCAUCGGCCUCUCGUACCUGCUGUUCAUUGUCACGUCGCCGCUGACCGUGUGGAUGUGCAUCAAGAUCGUGCAGGAGUACGAGCGGGCGGUGAUCUUCCGGCUGGGCCGGCUGCGGAGCGGCGGCGCCGUCGGCCCCGGCUGGUUCUUCGUGCUGCCCUGCAUCGACGCGUACUCCAAGGUGGACCUGCGCAGCGUGUCGUUCGACGUGCCACCGCAGGAGAUCCUCACCAAGGACUCGGUCACCGUGGCCGUGGACGCCGUCGUCUACUACCGCGUCUCCAACCCGACCGUGUCCGUGGCCAACGUGGAGGACUACGCGCGCAACACGCGGCUGCUGGCCGCCACCACGCUGCGCAACGCGCUGGGGACGCGCACCCUGUCCGAGAUCCUGUGCGAGCGCGAGGAGAUAUCGACGCACAUGCAGGAGACCCUGGACGAGGCAACCGACCCGUGGGGCGUCAAAGUGGAGCGGGUGGAGAUCAAGGACGUGCGCCUGCCGAUGCAGCUGCAGCGCGCCAUGGCGGCGGAGGCCGAGGCCAGUCGCGAGGCCAAGGCCAAGGUGAUCGCCGCCGAGGGUGAGAUGCGCGCCUCGCGCUCCCUGAAGGAGGCGGCUGACGUCAUCAAUGAGAGUCCAGCCGCGCUGCAGCUGCGGUACCUGCAGACGCUGAACACCAUCUCGGCCGAGAAGAACUCCACCAUCAUCUUCCCGCUACCGGUGGAUAUCCUUGGGUCGGUGAUGAAGAACAAGUAGGAGGCCGACGUGCUGAUCCGCGGCACGAUCCGUGGCACGGCGGCCCCGCCUAUCAGAUGCCUGAUCGGUUGGGAAUGCGCCAUGGAUAUCUUAGCUUCAAACACAAGCAGUCGUGAUCUUUUCUCAAAGACUGGGUAGCACGCGACGAGUAGAACGGUUUCGUGAUCCACACCUUAUGUCCACUUCUUUGAUGUUCCGUAACUUAAGUCUUCGACGGCGCCAAAUGGUAUGCGUUUUCCGUGCAAUCCUGCCCGUGUUUACUUGCUCCGUUGUAUUCAAAUACCCGAUGCACGUUAUUCCGUAGCAUGCGAUUGAGAAGUUGUGGCCUUCCAGACAGUCCGACACUGCGCACGCUGCCGCCCCAGGUAUUGCGUCUUCCCGGGCCGCUGUUUAAACGCCGCCUGCCCAGCCUGUCGCCUGCGCCGGACUGGCAUGCUGUUAUUAUCGUUCAAAAGUUUAUGCUUUGUAGGCUGCGGUGACUGCGGGGUACAAUAUCAUGUGAUCAUGGCGACAUGGAUACAUUCCAACGUGGUAUUUUUCGACAUAAAAGACAAGCUGAUUGCGGAUUGCCUGAAUGAAGUCUGUUUCUGUAUCUGCAUUUGAUAAAGUCCCAAAUGUACUAUUUGACACUAACAAGCCGGCUUGACUUGUCCAAGUUCAGUGACACCAAUUUUCGGUGAUCCAUGAUUUUUACAUGGACUAGUUUAAUACGCAUGGUGAAUUUUCGGAACCAUAGGCGUUUUUUAAUAAAAUAACAUCUGCCUAUUUCUGACAACUUCGGCGGGCGCAGUAGGCUGGGAAUUGG